ACGACAGUGUUGUUUCUAAAGUAUAAGUGUGUAAGUGCGUGCUGAGGGAAUUUUACAAACUGAAAUUACAAUUGUCAAACCAAAUAAGAACGUUUUUAGAUCGAAAAUAAGAUAACAAUAAUAGCAGCAAUAUGCUGCGGUUUAAUGUAAAUUUUAUUGAAGACUUUGACGUAUAAAAUUUGAACAACUCGAUGCAAAGCUAUUACAAGCAAGAAAAAUACGAAACGAUAAACUGAAUUUGAACGCAUUAUAAUACGAAUUAAUAAGAUUGAGAAGACACAAAACGCACCAACUUGAUUGAACCAACCACAUACGCACGGCGGCGUCGGCAGCUAACGCAGCAGCAGGCGUCAGCCAUGAAGGUGGACACCGUUAAACUGAAGAAAGGCUCUUCGGAGCUAACUUCAGAAUGUCGCGAAUUAAUUGAUGAAUUGACCAAACGACGCACGCGUGCCGAGCUGCUUGAAUUUUUGGACACUGUGCACGUUUGGAUUUAUGGUAAAUGUGAACUAUAUCAUUGGAUUGAAAUAUUGGAUCGCUUUGACAAAAUACUCGAGGAGGCGGCCCGCCAUGUCAAUGGCAAUGAGUUUGUACUGCAGUGCGAUACAACAUUUAUAGAAUCGGAUGUUACCCUGCUGCUGCACGUACUCAAUUUCACAACUCUGCUGAUUGAGCAUUCGUUCUCGCGCCAUUUGUACAAUUCAAUUGAGCAUUUGACGCAACUUUUAUCAUCACAGAACAUGGACAUUGUGCUGGCCGUGCUUAAUCUGCUUUAUAUGUUCUCGAAACGCAGCAACUUCAUUCCACGUUUGCCGUUUGAGAAAAAGGAGUUGCUUAUUGUCAAACUUUUCAAUAUCGCUGAGCGUUGGGGCGAUCCAAAUUACGGACUAUCGCUUAAGGACUGCUGCAUUGGUGAGCCAAAGCUGGAGUUCCUUUAUCAGCUGUGCAUCGAUUAUGUCGAUGAGCAUGGACAUGCCGCACAGCUUGAAAUACCUGACAUGAUGGAUCUCUGCCAAACAGCGGCAGCACCCGAGGUUAUAAAAACUAUAGCCGGACAGAUCUCAAAGCCCAGUGAGGCCAUUAAGAUGCGCAUUGCACAUCGUGUGCGCCUUAUCUCUGGCUUCAACAAUUAUAAGUUGCGUUUGCAAUUUGUGCAGGCACGUCUGCAGGCAGUGUCCAUAUUGAUAUAUUCAAAUGCGCUGCAGGAUAAUACAGACAAAGUGCUAUAUCCUGGCUUCGGCGAGGAGCUAUGCGAACUGAUCGAUAAGGAGGAUGUGCAUUUGGUGGAAAUACGCGCCGCAGUGCUGCGCACACUCACAUCAAUGCUACACUUUGAUCGCAAUCCCAGUGUGCCAAGAGCUGGAUCCCGUUUGAUGAAAAUUGUGCACUAUACGGGCGCUGAACGACAGGGCGGUACGUUGCCGCUGCUGGUGCGCGAUUGCAUCGAUAAUUUAACCACACAUGGCCUAACGGAGCGUUAUCCAUUAAUAUUGGCCACCUCGCUAUUCUCGCUGCUGUACCAUCUGGCCAGUUACGAGCUGGGCGGUUCGGCGCUUGUCAAGAGCGGCAUGAUGCAGUCACUGUUGCGCGUCAUAAGUUGGCCCGGCGUCGAUCUGGAGCACAUAACAUUUGUGACACGCGCCGUACGCGUUAUUGAUCUAAUCACCAACAUAGACAUCGCACGUUUCCAUCAGAAUAAUGGGCUCAAUGUAUUUAUCGAUCGUCUCGAGAAGGAGAUCAAAAGUUGUUGUCGUGCCCUGGCCGAAAUUGGUAUCACACUGAAAGAGUCAACGCUGCGCGACGAGCACAGCCUUACAGAUAAAUUGGACAGCUCGUUGGAGCAGGCAGAUGAUGAUGAUGCUGCCACGGAGAAUGCAUCGGUAGCCAGCGGCAGCGCGUCGCCGCGUCGCGAUAAUUCGAGCAGCGAUGGCAGCGGUAGUGCCAGCGAUCAUGCUCAGCGUGCGUAUCGCGUCUAUAUGGAACACAGUGGCGGUGAUCAGCCGCGAGGUGCUGGUGCUGGCACACCAGCCGGUUGGAUGGACAUUGGAUCACGCGGUUCGGGUAUACAUGCGUUGAGCAGCCUGGCCGCAGCAGCCAGCAGUAGCAGCGGCGGCGAUGCAGCUGCACGCGACAGACCCGUACAGUAUCCAGCGAAUAGCUAUUAUGCGCGUCCGCUCGCCGAGCGCAAAGCGGAGCUGUCCUCACAGCUGCCCAGCAGUUUGCAGCCAAAGAAACCAUCAUGUGUGACCCAGCGGGCGGCGCUGCUAAAAUCAAUGUUGAACUUCUUAAAGAAGAGCAUACAGGAUCAUGCACAUUUUAGUAAUAUGCGCAACAUUAUGGAGACCAGUUUGACACAAUCGCUGCGUCACAUUAUCGCCAAUGCCGAGUAUUAUGGGCCAUCAUUGUUUUUGUUGGCCACCGAUGUGGUCACCGUUUAUGUAUUCAAUGAGCCAUCGCUAUUGUCAUCGCUACAGGAUUUGGGCAUAACCAGUGUGAUGCUUAAGGCGCUGCUGCAGAAGGAUGUGCCCGCAACACGCGAGGUGCUUGGCUCCUUGCCAAAUGUCUUCUCGGCGCUGUGCCUUAACGAGCGGGGACUCUUUGAGUUCUUGUCGUAUGAUCCAUUUGAUAAGGUAUUGAAGGUUCUGCUAUCACCGGACUAUCUGGUGGCUAUGCGCCGACGCCGCAGCUCAGAUCCAUUGGGUGAUACGGCUACCAAUUUGGGCAAUGCCAUGGAUGAUCUUAUCAAGCAUCAUCCAUAUUUGCGUGCCGAUGCCACCGAAGCAAUUGUGCGGCUGCUUAAUGAAUUGGUGCGACUUGGCUCGGAUCCCAGUUUUAUAUGCUGGCGUGCCAAUAAGGAGAGCAGCGUAGCAAAUGCCACACAUAGCGCGGCACCUUCAACGCCCUCGCCAUCCGCUAUGGUAAUGGUGGCAGCUGGACCUGUGCUACAGAGUGCUGCAGAUAAUAACGAUAGCAGCGGCGAUGAUGAUGAUGAUGACGAUGAGAUGAGCUCCGCAUCACAGCAGCAGCAACAACAACAACAGCAACAGUCGCCAGCAACAACAACAACAACAACAACAACAGCAGCAGCAACAACAGUUGCAGCCGCAACAGCAGCAGCAGCAGCAGCAACCACAACAACAGCAACGCCUGAACGCGAGGCCAUACCCCUUAUUGAUUAUAUACUUAAUGUGAUGAAAUUCAUUGAGGCAAUCUUCAGCAACAGUCCAAAUGGUGAUCAUUGCCGUGAAUUUGUACAAAAGGAUGGCUUAACGCCCAUAUUGCAGCUGCUAUCGCUGCCCAAUUUGCCGGUAGACUCGCCUGUAUCAACAACAUCGCAGGCUGUGGCCAAUGUCUGCAAGGCCAUACUGAGUCAGGCACAGGAGACCAAGGUGCUGGAUGUGGCGCUUAAGCAGCUGGCUGACAUCGUGGCACAAUUGAAGCCAUUAAUCAAGCAUUUCACAUUUCCCGGCGGCAGUGUGCUGCUCGCCGAGCUUGUCUGUUGUCAGCGUUUGGAGGAUGGUUUCGCCAAUGCCGAAUAUACACCAAUUUUGCACAACAUGAGCUUUGUGCAUGGCUAUGUGGUGAUGUUGGUGCAUCUAUGUCGCAAUGCAUCCACCGAGAUGCGAACAGUGCUGCUCAAACGUUGGGGCGCCAAUCGUGAGACGGGCGUACAGCUGCUGCAACAGCUUGUCCAGCUGUAUAUAUCGCUGGUAUGGGAGAGCACAAUAUUAUUGAAUUUAUGCUCGGAUGAGCCCACACAGCAUCCGGAUCUCAUUUGGGAUGAAAUCGCUGCACAAAUGUCUGCCGCAGCCGGCACAGCGGAUCCCAUGACUGAAGCCGAAUUGUCGCGUAAAUUGGAACGCGCUGCUGAAUUUCGUACCAAAUAUACACCCGAAGAGCAAUUUCGCUAUAUCAAAUCGCUAUUGGCGGCAAGUUCGCGUCUGGGACGCGCCCUAGCUGAAUUGCUGGGCACACUGGUCAAGCUAUCGGUGGGCUCGCCACAGACGCGCCAGCGUCGCAUCAAUGACCUCAUUAGCAACAUUAAUAAAGUUCCUACGCCCGAGGCGCGCGAAAUUGCCCGCAUACUCAGCUCGAUACUGGUGAAUGGAUUCAGUCAUGAGAGCAUUUUACCAAAACCGGUGCCCAAAUUGAAAUUAACCUUUCUCAUCUGCUCGGUUGGGUUUACCGGACCGAUGCUGUUCGAUGAUAAACGCAGCGCCUUCCAUUUGAUGAUCUCACAGUUUUGCGCUGAGAAUGGCCUGAAGGCAUUUUUCGAGAUGUUCUAUUGGGCCUUGUCAUUGGAUAAUGUUUCGCAGAAAUUUGUAUUUGAUCAAUGGGCACCGCUAGAUGAUCUAAUGCAAUCGCACGAGGAUGAUAAACGAGAUUGUCCGGAAGGAACGGGUGAAUUUCUGGAUGCCUGGCUGCAGUUGCUCGAAAAAAUGGUGAAUCCACGAGCCAUGCUCGACUCACCAUACACAAUGAGUCCACGUCUCAAUUAUAUGCCGGAUAGUGUGCCAUUUGAGCCAAUAUUCUAUCUCAUCCAUAUCCAUCAGCUGGCCAUGCAGGCGCUGCGUCGCAUCUGGUGCCGUCGACCCAUACCAAAUUAUGGCGCCAGCAUGUUUGAGACAAUCCUGCUGAUACUCAAACAUCUAAUCAAGUCACAUCAAAUGCUGCUCGAUCGCUAUCAUACGCGCAUGAAGGAAAUCAAAUUUGAGAAUCUUUAUAUACGCAGCACCGACGAUGGCCUCAAUGCGGAUCACAUCAAGACUCUGACCGAUAUGGGCUUCCGUCAUUAUCACAUUAUCGAAGCGCUGCGCAGUAAUGCCUCACUCGAGGAGGCCACCGAUUAUCUGCUUAACAAUCCGGAGGCAAGCGCUCUAUCCCAUUCGGGACAGGGACAGACUGGGCCCGGCACCGGCACUGGCACUGGCUCAACACAAAGCCUAUCACAGGGCAGCUCUGCAUCGAAUGCAGCUGUUGCUGGUGAUACGGACAUUGAUAUGGAGUUGCCGGGCAGCGGUGGUGCCGCCAAUGCUUCUACAUCCAGUUUGACAACAGAUGCUGCCGGUGAUGCUGCUGCUGCUACUGCUGCUGCUGCUGCUGCUGGAGCUGGAGCUGCCGCAACCGCACCCGCUCUGGUUGUCAAACCGGCAACAACAAGCGGAUAUGAUUACAGGCAAUUGAAAUUGAUGCCGCCAUUCAUAUUUGAUCGGUUCUGCGAUGAGGCCGUGUCGCGUGCCUUUGAAUUCAUGGAGGCCAUACCGGAUACAGUCAACAGUGCCGCCGAUCUUAUAGCGGUCCUCUACAGACGCCUCAAUCAGCUGAAUCGUCAGGUGUUUGUCACCAAUUUUGUGCGCAACAUUAUACAGUGGGUGGACUUUACGCUGCAGCUAUUUGAGCCGGCAUCGGGAGCAGCCAGCAGCGGAGCUGCAGGUGCCCAAUCCGCAGCCAACCAGCCGGGCAAUGGCAAUAACAGUAAGGCAGCGCCGAAACCAGGUCGUCUGGAGGAAUGCCUGACAGGCAUGACGGCCACACGUUUAUUUGUGCGAUUGAAAACAUCUACAUUGUUGCUGGAGGAGAACUACAGUGAUAUGCAUCGUCCAUUGGUCGAGGCCAUAACCGCACAGGAUGCGAUGGUGUCGCUUGUUAAGUUGCUCGACUGCAUGAGCCAAUGGAUGUUGGAGCAGUCGCAAAUUGUGGAUAAUCAGGCACGUGCAACAGUGCCGCGUUGGGUGCAAAAUCUGGUCGAUCUCAUCGAUGCCAUCGAUAGCAUCAGUCAUAUAUUGCAGCGCAAGGCAAAUAUGCGUGCGGUUAGCAGUGAUCUGUGGCGUUGGUAUGAUGCAUCCACAGGCAAAUGGAAUGCCUAUUCGGAGGCUAACAAUGAGCUAAUACGCAGCGCCUAUGCCGCCGGCGAGCGUUGGCUACACAUCAACAUUGGACGACAGCGCUGCACGGUUAGCUUCAAUUGCAUGACCCAGGUGAGCGAUGCCUCGGGCAGUCAUCGUCCCGUUUAUCCGGCACUGAAAAUAUGCGAGGCUAUCAGUCAAUUGCAAAAUCCGAUAGCACCCCAAAAAAUUGAUAACAUAUUGAAUCGUGUGGUGCGCACAGCGCCCGAUGGCAAUGGUACCAUACAAUCUGAUGAGCUGGUGCCGUUGCGUCAGCUUAUCAAUUUCAAUGAACCCGCCACAGCAGCAGCACCACCACCACCACCACCACCACCACCGCCGCCGCCGCCGCAAGCGCAGGAGUCAUCGUCGUCGUCGUCGUCGGCGGCUGCGACGGCACAGGGCCAGGAGUCGGCCGGCGCCGCUGCUGCAGCCAAUGAUGAGCUGGGUGGCAAUUAUUCACCACCGCCCGCCAUGACCACACGCAGCAAGUCGCGUCAGAAGAGCGCCGCCGCUGCAGCCAAAGCAAAGGCAGCCGCAGCUGCAGCGUCAUCCAACUCUGGCACUAACAACAACAACAACAACAACAACAGCAGCAGCAGCGCUAGCCAUACCACCAGCACGGCGGGCACAUCCGCAAUACCCAAGCGCACCCAGAAAAUAGUGCUGAACGAGGAGAAUGUGGGCCUCAGUAAAUUCGAUUGUGGCUACAUUAUUGGCAGUAUUGUGGCCCUAUUGCAGCCCACCCAGCUGCUGCAUCACGAGACAAAAUUGUCGCUGCUGCGGCUAUGUGCACGACUCACGCGCAAUUUUGAGAACGCCCAGGUGUUCAUACGCUGUGGCGGUGUGCGCAUGCUGCUCCAUUUGCAGCAGUCGUGCAGCUUCAUGGGCUUCCCCACCUAUGCCAUUAUUAUAUUGCGUCAUGUGCUGGAGGCGCCACCGGUGCUGCAGGAGGCAAUGGAACGUGUGCUGGGCAUGCGCGCCGCUGGCAUUGUGCCGGUGGGUCAUCGUGAUCUCAUCUAUGUUCUGACCCAGGUCUCGACGGCGGUGUCCCGUGAUCCAAAGAUUUUUGUGGCCGCCGCCAAGGAGAUGCUCAAGGGCGAGUAUAUGAUCAAUGCGAAUAGCACCAGCAAUUUGAUUGAUGAUGGACGCGUCAUGGUCAAAUCCAAGUUUGGACAACAACCGAACGCAGCAGCCGCAAACGCAGCCGCUGGAGCGUCUGCAUCAUCGUCCACACAGAAAGACCCAUCACCGACCAAAGAUGACAUCAUCGAUGAUCCGAUGGUGCAGUCAUCCAUUUCUGUGCUAAAGGAGCUGCUCCUGGCACUAGUGCAGCCCUGUUGCCAUUAUGGCGGCACCGCGCCAGAUCAACAACAGCAAAAUGCAGCCGAGCUGCUGCUGCCAGAUCAGCCGCCAGGCGCUGCAGGCUCUAUUGGUAAUCCCGAUGAUGAGGAAACAUCGGCUACAUUGAAGAAAACGGGCGGCUCAGCGACACCAUCGACUGGUGCUGGUUCUUCGGCAGCCGGCGGAUCGGCGGAUAAAUAUGAGCCUUGCUGCUGCACCUGGCAUAUACCGACCAGUGCACAUAGCCACAACAAGCCGACAUUGUCGCGUGCCACAUUGCUGAAGCUAUUGGCGGACACGACGCGCGCGUAUCAAUCGCUGGUGCCGCGCGUGCUGCUCUCGCAUGUUUAUGCGCCAGCGGAUAGUCCGCUGAUUGGCAGCGGGCCGCAAACAUUUUUGGCUGUACUAUUGGAUCGCUUCCUGCCGCUAACCCAGCGUCAACAUGUGCCCGAGGUGAGCACCAUGGCGCGUGUGCUGCUUUGUUCGCUAUCCGAUUGCUAUCAGCAGACGGGCGUUCAGCAACAGGUGGCCGAGGAGCUGCAUGCGGCCGUGGCACGUGCACUGGCACAACCGGACUCGGCGGAAAAGCAUACACGUCUUCAGGUGUUAAUGAGCCUGUUCCCCAAUCUGAUUGAAUCGCCCAUGCUGUACGAUAAGGUACAUAUGCAUCGGAAUACCAUGUACCGUGUGCUGUUGCGUCAGGGUGUCAUGACCUAUCUGACAAAGGUGGCCCAAUAUAAGGAUUUGUCCAAUCAUAACACACUGAGCACCCUCGGCGCCAUACUGCGUCCCAUGGAGAUUCUAUUGCGCUUCAAUGUGGCCACAACAACGCUCGGCUCGAAGCGCAUACUCUUUGGCGGUGCCAGUUCGGCCGCCAACGGUGCCAACAAUGGCAACAGCAAUGCCAACGGCCUGAGCGGUGGCAAUACGGUUAGCGCCAUUAUAAAUCGUCGCCUGUAUCCCCGUCUGGCUGCACGCACCGCUGUCAGCGCCGCGGUGGAUCGCUCGAAUGCCAUGGGCGGUGGCGAGCAUGUGCUGCGGGAUAUUAUACGCAAUGUGCUGUCGGAUCGUCGUCAUGCAUUUGAGUUUAUAUUCAAUUCGGAUGAGAUGGCUGUGGACUCAGAGGAUUCAGCACCGCAGGCUUCGUCUGGCUCGGGCGCUGGCAACAGCGGACCGGGCAUCAUUGGUAAUCACAAUGCAGCCGCCAUCGAUGUGGUCGAUGAGCGCAGCAAUGGCACCGAGGCCGCUGAACCGGCACCACCCGCUGCACCAGGCAGCGCUGUGCGUCCGGUGCUUAAUUUCGAUCAGCUCUGGGAUGAUUUCCUGCAAUGCGAGGGUCUAUUUUUGGCCUCGCGCGGCCAAAACAGUGCCGGAAAUGGCAAUGCCAAUGGUGCUAUCGGUCCUGCCACAGCUCAGCAGAAUGGCAGUAAUGCCAGUGGUACGGGACAAGCCCUUGGCGGCGUCAUUGGCAGCUCCCCAUCCAGCACGGCCGUUGGUAACAUUGGUGAUCCACGUUUGCGCAACAACUCGGAUAUCGAUGUGGGCGGCGGCGGCGGCGGCGGCAACAACAGCAGCAGCAACAAUUCGGCUGGCAAUGCCACCGCAAGUGCCGUCAAUGACAAUGGUUUGAGCGGCAACGGCGGCGGCAGUGGUGGCGGUGGCGGCAGCGAUGGUGCCUCCACAUCAUCAGAUACCGGUGGCGGUAAUGGCAACGGUGGCAGCAGUGGUGGCGGUGGCGGUGGUGGCGGCGGAGGCGGCGGCGGCGGCGGUAGUGGUGUUGGACGUGGUCCACGCACUGCACGCGAUAUGAAUGCCUCCCUGUUGGGUGAUGUGAGCACAAGUGAUUCAGAUUCGGAGGCAUCUACGGAGAAUGAUGAACGCAACGCUGAGGAGGAGGACGAUGAUGAUGAUGAUGAGGCCGCCGACGAGGAUGUGGACGAGCAUAGCGAAACCGAUGUGGAUGAAGAGCGUCCGCGUCAAUUUAUUGAAGUAUUUGAUCAUAUCUAUGAGCCAGAGUCCUCAGAAACGGCAUCCAACGAUGCCGAUGUCGAUGCCGAGGAUGAUGAUGAGGAUGAAGAUGAGGAUGACGAUGACGACGACGAGGAUGAUGAGGAUACACGUGCUCGCAACGCUGACGAUGCUGCUCUAAUCGACGAAGUGCUCGCCCAAGUGAAUGGCACCGGCAACAGCACAAGCACCUCGGCAGCCGCCAAUUCCAAUAAUCGACCACGUCGCAGUGCCGCCAUUGAGCCCAACGGCGGCAGCGGUGCCGGCAAUAACGACAAUCGCAUGGAUGACUCGGGCCGCGAUGCCAAUGCCUAUUUGUAUGAGCGUCUGGGCGGUGACAGCGGCGGUCAUGGCAGUCAUGGACAUUUGAUGCCCCAGCCGCCGUCCAAUUUCCGGGUGCGCAUGAAUAGCUCGAUUGCCCUACCGCUGGAUAUUGAUGUCAAUGGCAGUGCCUCGUCCUCGUCAGCUGCAGCUGCCGCCGGUGGUGGACGCAACAAUUCGGCUGCCAAUUCUGUGGCAGCCGCAUUGCGUUCCUCUUCCGAUUCAUGGAUGGCACCAGACUUCAAUUUCAUUGGCAGAAGCGGAGCCGAUGCCAAUGCGGCUGACGUCAAUGUGAAUGCAUUUCUGCCGCCCGCCAUGGUUCAAAUGGAACGCAAUGCCGGCGGUGGAGCUACCAAUAAUCAGAAUAUGAGCAAUCUGCUCGACGAACAGCCACCAGCUGCUGCCAUCGGCACUGGCAAUAGUGGCGCUGCCAGCGCUGGCGGUGCCUCCACCACAGCCGCCAGUCAUCCCAAUAAUAAUUCCUCGCUGUGCAACAAUGGUGUGCGCCGGCGACUCCUCUAUCUGGAUCAGCAGUACUGUGUGUGCAUGCCAACCCAUCAGAAUCCGACCGAGGAGACGCAAAUGGAGAUGUUUACCCAGGACGCGCUCCAUUGGUGGCUGGAGGAAGCCAAAGCCCUGGACAUGGAAAGUCAAACCGAUGCAUGCCUCUAUGCGGCACAUUUCCUGCUGCCGCAUUUGAUCAAAGAACUGAAAUUGGCUCAUCAGCAGCGCAAACAGGAGGAGGCCAAUCGUCAGGCGUCAGCAGCAGCUACUGCUGCUGCCAUAGCUGGCGCCUCCAAUUCUGGUGCUGGAGCUGCCGCUUCAGCAGCAGCAGCUGCAGCUGGAACAAGUGCUGGUGCCGGUGCCGGUGCCGGUGCCGGUGCUGGUGCUGCCACCACUGCCGCAGCCGCGGCGCCGACUGAGCCAGGCGCUGCUGCGACAGCUGCGAAUCCAAAUGCGAACGCGAAUGCCAGUGCAAGUGGAAGUGGAAGUACCAGUGUCACAACGGGCGUGAACAAUGUCAAUAGUUGGCUAUCGAAUUCCGCUUCGACAACCACAACCAACAGCAGCAACAAUAGCGGCAGCAGCUUAGGCGCGAUAGCGCCGCCACCACCACCGCCGGGCACGGCAACAGCAACAACAACGGCAACAACAACAACAACAACAACAUCGGCGGCAACCAACAAUUUCCGAAGUUCGAUACCUCGACUGAUUCCAUCGAUGCAGUUCGUGAAUGCCGCAUCUCUGGCAACGGUGACCACAGCAACGACUCCAUAUGGCGGCAGCAUUGUAACCGCCAGCACCACAAUUCAGCCAACACUGACGGGCACCACCAGCAGCAGCAACAAUACCAGCAACAACACCAGCAGCAGCAGCAGCAGCAACAAUACAGCUGCUGGUGGUGAAGCACGACGUCCACGUCAUCGCAACAAUGCCUCGCGCCAUCAGGCGCUCUAUAAUAUCUAUGCUGAAAUUGAUUUGACCAAUGAGCAGGAGUCGGCUGGUGCUGGCGGUGCGUCGGGCAUUAACGAUAUGCCGCCACGGCCAUCGCAACAUUCGCAGCCGCAACAGCAAGCGCCGCCGCAACUGUUCCCCAGUGCCCAGGGUCCGACGAAUGCAGCUGGCAGUGCUAUACCACCAUCGCAUCCGCCACGUCAUCCAACAAAUUCUGCCCAUCUGCCCACCAGCGGGCGACCAUCGCGUACACGUACACGCGCCGAAGUAGCUGAAAUCCUGGAGUUUGGGAUGAACGAGCCACGCCAGAACUCGACGCGCCGCAACAACAAUGCCAAUGCAAACGCGAACUCAUCGCGCACCGCCGGCGCUGGCCCGUUGAAUGCACGACAAUCGCUGCCCAAUCGCGAUUUACCCGCCGCCCGUCUGCAACGUAUAUCGAUACAGGCCGGACGCAGUAAUUCCGGUGAUACUGUCCCCAAUGAUGAGCAAUGGCAUGAUUCGCCAGUACGCAUGCCUAGCGCUGAUAUGAAUUUCCCGCUGCCGCCAACGCUGGAUGUGGUGCCAGGCACGCUGAAUUUUACCGAUCCUCCACCGCCGCCGCCGCCAGAACAGCAGGAGGAGCAACAGCAGACACAGUUGCCAUCGAAUGAUCAAGAGGAAGAGGAGGAGCAGCAGCCGGAGGAGUCAGACUCGGAGCAGGACUUGGUGCCAGAUUUUUCUGGUGUUACAGAUCCAACCACUCUCUUUGCACCGGCCCCGCCAGCGGUAUCCAUAUCCGAGCUGGCCGCUCAGCUUAUGGCCAAUGACCAGCACGACGAGGCCCGGGAAAUCUUGAGCACUGUACCUGAACCCUAUCAUCAGCUAAAUCGCGCUACUCUAUCCGCUGUGGCCGCAGCUGUGGUGGCGGCCGUUGAGGCAGAUCCAUUGCCAGAUUUGCCCGAUAUGGAGCCGCCUGAAUUGGAUUUAGAGGUGCGUCCCCAUGACCCGGUACCCGAAACCGAUUCUAGUUCCGGCCUGGAUUUCGGUGCCGCCGAAGAAUCGCCUGCCAACGAUGCGGAGGCUAAUAACAUAGAAAAUACUGCUACAGCUGCUGCUGCUGAUCCUGUUUCUGCAUCUGCUUCUGCUGCUCCUGCUCCUGCUGCUGCUGCUGCUGCUGCUGCUGCUACUACUACUACUGCUAGUGACGCUGCACCAGCAGCUGGAGCAGGCGGCGCAACAGGAGGCUCUAGCAAUGCAGCAGCCAGUGCCGUUGUCACAGACAUGAGUCCCGAGGUGCGCGCCGCAUUGGGAGACCUAGAGGUGCCAGAGGGCGUUGAUCCCUCAUUCCUGGCCGCCUUACCCAGCGAGAUGCGCGAGGAGGUUAUACAGGAGCAUUUGCGAAUGCAGCGCAUACGCCAGCGUGCCCAGCAGAAUGCCAUACAAAUAGCGCACGAUUCCCUGGUCGAGGUUAAUCCCGAAUUUCUGGCCGCACUGCCGCCCAAUAUACAGUCGGAGGUGCUAAUGCAACAGCGCAUCGAACAGCAACGUCAGGCGGCGCAGAGCGCCAAUCCCGAUGAUCCUGUCGAUACCGCCGCAUUCUUUCAGAAUCUGCCCGAAAAUUUGCGUCAAGCUAUACUAACCGACAUGGAGGAGUCACAGAUAGCCAGCCUGCCACCGGAACUGGCUGCCGAGGCGCAGUUCUUGCGUCGCGACUGGGAAUCACGCAACGGCGCCCGCAUGGAUGCCCAUCCACCCAGCAAUGCACUCUCCCGCUUCCAGUCAACACUGCAGAAUCUGGAUGAGGCGCGCUGGCAUAGCGCCAUUUGGUACGAUGCCAGCGGCAAUGCGCAGCCGCAACAUCAUCAGCACACGACAAUUGUGCAUCAUCAUCAUAUUGCGCCGAGCACUGGAAAGCCGCUCGCUCUGCUCAUGAUGGAGGAUGAGAAUAUACUGCUGGAUCCGGAUUCGCUGGCAACGCUUUUGCUGUUCCUGUUUGUUGAGGAUCAAAAGGUGAACAGCGUGCGUUUGCAUCGCGUUAUACGCAAUCUAUGCCAUCAUGAGCCAACGCGCGACUGGAUAAUUAAGGCCCUGAUCAGCAUCAUACAGAAGACAAACGAGGAUAAUUCAAACUUUGGUGCGGCCAAUUCGGGCAGCAAACCCGAAUGGCUUAAGCUGCGUGUCGAUGCCGCCUUUGGCUAUAAGAGCAACAUAUUCCUAAUCAAUCGGAUGUACGAGGGCAGCGCACGCAGCAUUAGCAUCAAUCCGCAGGCAGCGCAAAUGAUAGUGCGCAAUUGUCUUGAUUUGCUCUUCGUCCUGGCCAAGCAUUAUCCAUUCAGCUUCUUGCCCUAUAAUCGUGAGCCAAAAGCACGCGCACGCAUGCUCAGCGCCGUCUUUGGCAUGCCCAAUGCGAGCGCCUCGGCCCGUCUCGAUGAUCCGGCAGCCGUAGCCAGUCUGGUGGCAGCUGGCAAUGCCGCUGCAGCUGCUGCUGCUGCUGCCGCCGGUGGUGCAAGUGGUGGUGCAGCCGGUGGCGGUGGUGGCGUUGGCGGAGAUUUGCGUUCACGAUAUCAUCGCUAUCAAAUGGCCAAUCGGCUGCGCGGCAUUUUGGAUGAACAGCAACAGCAGCAACAGUUGCAACUGCAGACGCCCAAGGCGCAGCCAUUGGACGAGGCGCCAUCCACAUCGAAAGCGGCUGCUGCCAAGGCAGCUGCCAGCGCCGUCAAGCCGAACAGUAACAACAACAACAAUAAUAACAACAACAGCAUUGAUGGCACCACCGUUGCCUAUCAAACGAAUGCGCACAACUUUUGGGAUGUGGUGCUAAAUAUUGAUCGUCAGACUCCGCUGCGUUUGGCCAAUGUGGCACAGUUUCCAUUAACCUCACAGCCGGCCUGGAAAUGGCAGACCAAUAAUAGCGAAUUUUUAUCCUUCACCGAUUCGCCAUUUGGCCAGCUGCUCGAGAUGUUGCCGUACAAGGUUAUCUGCCGUUCUCCGCAUUUAACUGAUAUGCUGGUCAAACUGUUGGCCUCGCUGAGCGUUGAUUUGCCCAAAGAGGAGGAGCAGCAACAGCAGCAACAACAGCAACAACAGCAACAACAACAGCAGCAGCAGCAGCAACCACAACAACAACAACCACCACCACCACAACAACAGCAGCAGCAGCAGCCGUUGCCACAGCAGGAUGAGCAAAUGCCAACACAGCCGCAACAACAACCACAACAACAGGAUGAGCCAAUGUCAACGCAACAGCAAGAGGAUAGCCUGUUGCCGCCACUAGCGCCUCUUAGUCAAUUCCAUGAAGAGAUGCGUGACGAAGCGAGUGCAGAGUUGGCAGCAAAUGCCAGCAGAACAGCUACGCAGCGGCCACGACAGCUGUUGGCGGCAGGUCGUCAUCAUGAUUUUGACGACGAUGAGGAGGAGGAGGAUGAUGAAGACGACGAGGAUGACGAUGACGACGAGGAGGAGGAUGAUGAAGACGAUGAGGAUGAUGAGCUAACGCAUUCGGGUGCAGUAGGCGGCGGAACAGUGCCAAAGCCAACAGCAUCAACACCAUCGCAAUCAAAUAAGCCACGUCGCAAAAUCUAUGCCAAGAACUUCUCCCAAUUGCAGUUAGUUAUCGAGGUGCUGACACAUCAGUGCGGCACCACCGAGGGACUGGACAAUGUUACCAAACUGAUUGUGAAUCUCACACAGUGCUCGCAGGCAUCGAAUGCCAUAUUCAUACAGUACUUGACGGCAGCCAUACUCGGCCUGGCCGAGGAGGUGCGUCAGGCCAUACAGACGCUGCUCAACGAGAUUCGCGCCUACAAUACGCUUGGCCAACAGCAGCCGCAGCCAAAGCCGCAACAGCCGGACAAUAAGCCCAGCAGCAGCGGCAGCGCCAGCGCCAGCAGCAGCAAUAACAUCAACAACAUCAACAACAACAAUAACAAUAACAACAACAGCAGCAACAGCAGCAGCAGCGGUGGCGCCGCUUUGCUAUCCAAUUUAACCGUCCAUGAGGGCACUAUGCAGGAUCGGUUCACAUCUGAAUCGGUCAUCAUAUCGGCCCCAAAGAAUGCUAAGCCCACCUGUGAACUGCAAUUGCCCUCGAUGAAGAAGCUAAUGUCCAAUUCAUCGGCACAGCCUUAUUUCCUGCGCACCCUUAAGAUCUUCAUGCAGGUGCGUGAAAUGUACGAGCUGCAGAAUAGUCAAAAUGAUGACAACAACGAGGACAUCAUUGAUAUUAUUGGCGAUGCGGGCUCAACGGUUGGAGGCAGCGCAUCUGCUUCCGGUGUCAGCAGCAUGGAUACUAACGACGCCGCAUCAAAUGUCAAUAGUAGCUCGAGCACUAGCGCUGGCGGUAGCGGUAGUGGCGGCUCAAAGAGCGCUGCUAAGCCAACGCUUAGUCAAAUACUAUGCCUGGAUGUGCUGUGGCACACGUUGAGCGAGUGCCUGGUGGCCCUGGAGGAGUCCAAGGAUGAGUUUGCUGUACUGGUUCUACAACCGACCGUUGAGGCCUUCUUCCUCAUACACGCCUCACAUCGGGUAACACCGAAAAAGCCUGGACGUGGUGCCGCCGGUAGUGCAACUGUUGGCUCUGGUUUGCGCGUUGUGCCCCAUCCAGUGGCAUCCGAGAUUAGUCCACAACUGGAUGAUACCAAUAGCAGCAGCAACAGCAGCCAAGCACAAAAUUCAGCCAGUUUUGAGGAUGAAUCCCGCUUGCAGGAUGGUUCCACAGGCGCUGCUGGUCAGCAGGUGGCGCUAACCGCACACGAGGCCCAACUUAAACAGGAUCGCCAAAAGUUUCUACAAUUCGCCGAGAAGCAUCGCACAGUGCUUAAUCAAAUUCUACGUCAGUCGGCCACACAUCUAUCCGAUGGCCCAUUCGCCGUCUUGGUGGAUCAUACACGCAUCCUGGACUUUGAUGUCAAGCGCAAAUACUUCCAGACCGAAUUGGAGCGCCUUGACGAAGGUAUACGCCGUGAGGAACAUACUGUUAGUGUGCGACGUAUUACCGUCUUUGAGGAUUCAUUCCGUGUCCUCUAUCGUCUCGGUCCUGAGGAAUGGAAGAAUCGCUUCUACAUUGUAUUUGAGGAUGAGGAAGGCCAGGAUGCUGGCGGCCUGCUACGUGAAUGGUAUGUGAUAAUAUCGCGCGAAAUCUUUAAUCCCAUGUAUGCCUUGUUCUGCGUAUCGCCGGGCGAUCGCGUCACCUAUAUGAUAAAUCCAUCGAGUCAUGCAAAUCCCAAUCAUCUGAGCUACUUCAAGUUUGUCGGUCGAGUCAUUGCCAAGGCCGUGCAUGAUAAUAAGCUGCUGGAGUGCUAUUUUACACGCUCAUUUUAUAAACACAUCCUGGGCAAACAGGUGAAGCAUACUGAUAUGGAAUCGCAGGAUUAUGAAUUCUAUAAGGGCCUGGACUAUCUUAUGAAAAAUGAUAUAUCGACGCUUGGCUAUGAGUUAACCUUUUCCACCGAGGUGCAAGAGUUUGGCGUCACACAAAUCCGUGAUCUCAAGCCAAAUGGGCGCGACAUUGCCGUCACCGAGGAGAAUAAAUUUGAAUAUGUUCAACUUGUUUGCCAGCUUAAGAUGAGCGGCUCCAUACGUCAGCAAUUGGACGCAUUCCUUGAAGGCUUCUAUGAUAUAAUUCCAAAGCAUUUAAUAUCCAUAUUUAACGAACAGGAAUUAGAGCUUCUCAUAUCCGGCUUGCCGGAUAUUGAUAUUGAAGAUCUAAAGGCAAACACCGAGUACCACAAGUACACAUCAAAAUCGGCACAGAUUCAAUGGUUUUGGCGCGCGUUGCGCAGCUUCGAUCAGGCGGAUCGUGCUAAAUUCCUACAGUUUGUCACUGGCACCUCAAAGGUACCGUUGCAGGGCUUCGGCUCCCUGGAGGGCAUGAAUGGCAUACAAAAGUUCCAAAUACAUCGCGAUGAUCGUUCCACGGAUCGUUUGCCUUGCGCACAUACCUGCUUUAAUCAACUGGAUCUGCCCAUGUACAAGUCGUAUGAUAAGUUGCGCAGUUGUUUGCUCAAGGCCAUACACGAGUGCUCCGAGGGCUUUGGCUUUGCCUAAGCUGUGCCGUCCGAUCACACCCAACAAAAACAACAACAAUAACAACAACUAAAAUAAGAAUAACCAACAGCUACAGCAACACACACAAAGACACACACACAUACACACACCACACCACACCACACCACACCACACCACACAAUUUCAAGAAUUCCUACAAAAAAAACAGCGAA